AUGGAUCCAUUAAGGUAUAUCUUCUGUCAGCCCAUGCCCAUCGAGAAGUUGGCCAAAUGGCAAAUAUCUUUGAGCGAAUUCGACAUUGUAUACAUAGCACAAAAGGUCGUUAAAGGACAAGCCUUAGACGACCUGCUAGCUGAAAGUCCUGUGGAUGAAGAGCUCAAACCCCUCGACACUCAUUUCCUAGAUGGAGAGGUAUUAGCCAUAGAAGAGGAAGCAGUGGAACCAUACACAGGCUGGAAAUUAUUCUUCGAUGGAGCAGUCAACUAUAAAGGUUCCGGAAUAGAAGCAGUUCUAAUAUUGGAAAAUGGGCAACAUUACCCAAUGACCGCGAAGCUCAAGUUCUGUUGUACCAAUAAUAUGGCUAAACACGAGGCCUGCAUUCUAGGCCUCAAAAUGGCAAUGGAUAUGGAAAUCAAUGAAUUUCUGGUCACUGGAGAUUCUGACCUACUAACUCAUCAAGUACAAGGCGAAUGGGCCACUAAAAAUAAAAAGAUCUUGCUGUACGUAAACUUGGCACAAAGACUGUGUAAGAAAUUCAGAAAGAUUGAGUUCCGACAUACUCCAAAAGCUCAGAACGAAUUUACCGACGCACUGGCAACAAUAGCGUCAAUGAUCCAACAUCCUGAAAGCAGUCACAUCGACCCAAUAAGGAUAAGCUUGAAAGAAGAGCAUGCUCAUUGUUGCCACAUAGAAGCAGAGCCAGAUGGCAAGCCGUUGUACAAUGACAUCCAAAUAUAUUUAGAGAAACGAGAAUACCCCAAAGGAGUUAUGACGGGACAAAAAGAAGACCAUCAGAAGAAUGGUCCCAGGAUGUUGGAAGAUGAUCCUUUUUCUAACUCUGCUUCCUGUGCAGGAAAUGGCUCGCCAAAGAAGGUCAUGACCGCUGUUGAGAUCAGGGCAAAUUGUUUAAAUGCCAUAAGGGCAAAAUAUUCUAGCCAUAAGGGCUACAAAGGGAUUUAA